AUGGGGAGCAGCUUGACGAGCGCGCGAGGAUAUGACAGUGACGCACAGUGUCUCGGAACACCACCGCCUAUUGGGGAUGUGAAUAGAUCACCAAGGACUCCCGCCUCGCGCAGAAUGGGGGUUCAAAAUAUCGCCCAAGCCUGGCAAGAGCAGAACAUGGCAUAUUGGAAUUCCCCUAAUAUGCAUGCUCACCCGGCCCCUGCCGCUAGUUAUGACAUGCUUGCACCGUCUACUCCACAGGGCAGUGUGAAAGGACCACAUGGUGUUAGUGGUCCACAACACAUGGCCAGAGUCAUGAACAGUCAUUCUACAACUUCGUUCAACGACCAGCGAUCGGGUGAACAGAACAUGUUUGCCAAGUCUCUCCCAAGCUUGCAUCUCAGCCAAGAACAAUUGGCUGCACCCAAUGAUGGAGUGAACAAACGCCAAGGGGCCUUUCUGUCCAGCAGCAGCGAGAAUAUACAGGAUCUAGAGGUUGACUGGGCCAAAUGGAUGAGCUCAAACGCGAGUGGUCUUCGCAACACAUCCUCAGAAUCGCUCAACAGGCAAUCGCCUGAAAUGGCGAUGACUAAAAGACGACAGCCCUCGAGCACACCCCACACGCAUUCAGACACCCGCAUGCCUUUCUUGGGUGAUCUGGAUCUUUCUCAUCGGCUCCAUGAGUCGCAGUUGGCAUCAAGUUCUCAGUCAGCUAACCCAUCCAUGACAAAUUUGCCACAGGAACGGAGACGUGCACAGUGUAUGGUUUCAUCAGAGAAUGCCCAAUUAGACAUACAUUCUGGAUCGUCCACUGUUGUUGGACCCGAGACUCCCGCUCGAUCGAUGCAUCAGCACCGAGAUGUGUCUUCGUUUUAUUCCCGCCAAAGCGACGAAGCACCGGAAAAUGGAUCUUACGCGAUCCAGUCACUGAAAGUUCAUGCAGCCAACGCCAUAGAUAGCUUGCCCAAUAUACAGGGAAGGCUUUUUGGUCAGCCUGGUAUCGCCGAGGGCACGCCAGGGCCUCCAGGCGAACUGGUCAAAAGCAAAUUUGACCACCAAGAAGCUAACACCCCGCCAUCUCUACCUCAUGCGUUGCCGAACUCCGCGGACGGCACGCGAAAGGUCAGUCCUGGAUGGAUGACAGGAGGCCGCCGGGUGGGAUAUGGUUACCGACUGGUGGACAACACCGAAGAGUCGACCCGCCAAAGUGUCCCGCAUGAAGUACGAACUCCUACCGACGUGAAUAAGUCUGAUAUACACCAAAGUGAGAGGCAGAGAACCGUAUCUCAGCCAGUAUUGCAACCCCCUACCUGGGAUGACAGUCGCAGGCACUCGCCCCUCAGAACACCAACCGACCCGAAGACUCCUGUCCGAACACCGAGCACUUGGACAAAGAUGAAGAGAAAUUCAGUCCGAGUUCGCAAUCAUGCGCCACCUGCGAUAGACCUUGCAGGCGAUGCAAAGGCCCCUCGAGAUCAGCCCGGCGCCCGCGCUAUUCUUGUGCAGCCCGACCAUUCCCCAACCCCUGCGAGUGUUGAGUAUGUCGAAGAUGACGGAAAUUUCGCAAGCAGAUGGUCGAGGGGUAGCUUGUCGCGGAAAAGACAAUCUCAGUCGAAAAAGAAAGAUGACUUGGAUCUCGAGCCCGAAUCGUGUACUCCCGACGCCUCGCCGAUUGCAGAUCGGCGUCUUUCUAUGGAUCAAACAGUUCGUCGUACAUCCGUCUACUUCGAUCCAGCGAAUGAUAGGAGCGCAGAUAAAGUGAACGGACAGCCUUCGCGGUCUAGAAGUGGGCGGUGGGUUUUGAGAUUCUUCCGGAACCGUGACAACAGGAGGCUAUCGGCUAAGCCUGUUAAGGAGCCUUCACCUGAGUCCUCGGGGGAGUAUGAGGAGUGUCCAUUAAACAGUAUAGCGCGUUCGAAUUCCGUCAGGAGUGACAUAGCAGCGGAAUUGGCGAGUGAUUAUCAGCAGUGCAUUCAGAUGCCCGGGGCGUUCUAUGGCAGCGGUUGGGCUAGUCGAACAAGCUUGAUUGUCGAAGCCGAGUGA